UCGUCUUCUCUCGCGAGAUGUGCGGUCGCCCCGCAGCAGCAGCAGCAGCAGCACACACUGCCGCAGAGCCGCUGAGCCAAAGGCCGCUUCCUCCUCCAGCUGUGCGGCUCCGCUUCGCUUCUGGAAGAAUCCCCGAGGUCCGGAGCUCGGAGUCCUCAGAGCGGCUCCGGCCAGCAGGUGUGUGCCGCCGCAGCGUCGCGUCUGCCCCGCAGGAGGAGAGGAGAAGCAGCGGGACUGAAGCAACAUGGCGGACGGACGGUGAACACAACAAAGCAGCUUCCUCCUCUCGGCUUCCCUCGGCUCUCUGGGCCGGGAGAGGAGACUCACCUGAGGACAGCUGACUGGCAGCUGUAUUGGACUUGGAGACGGAAGCGGAGGCGGCAAAAUGAGCUCGUCGCAAGAGGAAGACACAAGCGGACCUCAACCCUGUCAGCCACGUGACGAACCAUCUGAGGCACCAUCGCAGCAGAGUCACCAGAGGGCUCGGAAAGGAGAGAAACUAUACAGUUGUGACGAGUGUGGGAAGAGCUUCACACAACAAGGUUCAUUAAACGUACACAAGCGCAUCCACACUGGAGAGAAACCAUAUAGCUGUGACCAGUGUGGGAAGAGUUUCAGCUAUCCGACUUCGUACAGAGAACACCGGCGCAGCCACACUGGAGAGAGACCAUACAGCUGUAACCAGUGCGGGAAGACUUUCAACUACUCAAGCAACUACAGAGACCACAUCCGUAGCCACAGUCAAGAGAAACCAUACAGCUGUGAAGAGUGCGGGAAGAGUUUAAGUAACUUGAGCGACUACCGACGGCACCAGCGUAUCCACACAGGAGAGAAACCAUACUGCUGUGACCAGUGUGGGAAGAGUUUCAAUGACUUAAGCCACUACAGACGACACCAGCGGAUCCACACUGGGGUGAAACCAUACUGCUGUGACCAGUGUGGGAAGAGUUUCAGCAACUCCAGUCACUACAAAGAACACCAGCGUGUUCACACUGGAGAGAAACCAUACAGCUGUGAACAGUGCGGGAAGAGCUUCAGCAAAUCAAGUCAUUACAAACGCCACCAACGCAUCCACACGGGAGAGAAACCGUACUACUGCGACAAGUGCGGGAAGAGUUUCAGUUACUCCACGUACUACAGAGAACACCAGCGUAUCCACACCGGAGAGAAACCGUUCAGCUGCAAUUACUGCGGGAAGAGCUUCAGCAACUCAAGUCACUUCACAAAGCAUCAGCGUAUCCACACCGGAGAGAAACCGUACUGGUGUGACCUGUGUAAGAAGAACUUCCUGUGGUCGUCUCAGCUGAAGACCCACCGGUGCGUCCAAACUGCGCAGAGCUCCUCCCCCGUCCCCACGCCACGCUCCGUCCGAUCAAAAACACUCAAAUCCAAAUCUUGACUGGAAUAACAUGUUAAGCUUUAACCUUCAAUUUUUUAAAAACAAAAAUUAAAAUUUUGUGCUUCCUGGUACAAAAUGAUGUAAUGUUCAUUGUAUAUGGUACCUUUCUAUAUUUUUGGAUUUUAUGAUACGUUUGUUUUUAGGCAAAGCAUUGGGCUUCAAAAUUUGCUCAUGCCAUCAGAUAUCUAGGAAAGCUGCCAUCGCUCUCCAGUCAUUGUCAGUUUUGUACACCGUUGUGCUCAGUGGGGCUUCAGUGGCCUCUGAUUGAAUGUAGACAUUGUGACAUCAUUAUAUGGCUACAGUGCAUGUUCGACAAAUUUCUAUGCCUCCAUUAUUGAGAAAAGAAUGUAUUUUUGCAGCCUUACGACAACAUGCCCACCCCUGUGUGGAAAUCACUGCACUACCCAAAAUGAAUGUUGCCACCAAAAUCCACUGAAUAGAUUUUGAGAUAUUUCACUAUAAAUAUUGAAAAUAUUAAAAAUAUUGAUAGUUUAGCCUGCUGGUGGUGGAAAGGGCUGUGAUCACCAAAAUGGACAGACUUCAUGGUCUUGGGCAGUGGUUUCCAAUGGAUUAGUUUUCUGAUGAAAUUCAAAGGAAAUUUAAAAUGCAAGGCCUUUUCUGAUAACUAAGGAAAUGAAACAGCCUGAGCUGAAGGUGGACUGUUCCCCCUGCAUGAGCGAGUCGUGACAGGAUGUCUGGAGCCGACACUGGUUUCUUUUAAGAAUUCACUGGCCAGAAAGGCUGAGAACCACCAGCCGAGGCAUCAUGAACAUUGUUGCUGCAGUUCAUGGUGACGUCCAGCCAGUAGAUCAGGAGAUACGGCUCUCUGGACUGAACUGCUGACUGACCGAAGCCUGGACAGAUUAUACCACCAAAUAAAUGAGGGGUAGGGUUGGAGGAACCUCACCUGAUGUUUUGGACCAAUCACAGUUGGGGCUGCUUUGCUCAAACUUCUCUCAGCCACACACACACACACACACAUACACACAUUGCGGAAUCUGAAGUCCACGUGGUGCAUGACUGAAGCAGCAUGGCGGAUGGAGGCUGGACAGAAUGAGGCAGUUUCCUCCUCUCGGCUUCCCUCGUCUCUCUGCAGCGGGAGAGGAGCCUCUGUCUUCCUCUGAUGAAGAAGCAGCUUCAGGUAGGAGCUCAGCGACACACACACACACAUACACACACACACAUAUUAGUGGUUUGGCCUGUAGUUUUUGAGGUUCUGGCUGAACUGGGAGCAGUGGGAACAGUGUACUGUGGCUCGACCACACUCAGCAGAGUCUCAGGAGUCGCCUCUCAUAUCCGCCGCUGGAAAUGUCCCGGUCACUGCAGUGAUUUCUGUUGCCCUGUUUGAAUCAGUUCUUUCUGCGCUGACAGUUUGAAGCGUUUGUGUCGCUGCUUGUGUUGGUCUUGUUCGGCCCGUUGGCACAGCGGGGUGUCAUCAGCGUAAAUGAUUGUCAUGUCUUAAGUUUUCCUGCUGAUGGACCGUGGUCUUGUGUAGCAGAUGUGACGUACCGUUGUUUUUUAUCCACUGCUCAUCGCCUCGUAAUUUACAGGAAAGCAGAGAGGCAGAGCUGCUGCUUACUGGAGGAUC